CCCACAACCUACAUGUUCUCUACUCUCUCCUUGUUGAAAUUUUAAAAGCUUUUAUGAAUAAUUUAAUCUUUGCUCAAACUCAUAAUCCACAUGAUUAACUUCAUCGUCAACCUAUUUCUCUUCUUCUCUUUACCAUAAAUACGCAGCAGAAGCAGCAGCCAUUUACUCUUACUCGCUUAAGCAAGCAGCCAUGGCGGGUUCUCCUCACCAACCAUACAAUCCCACAUUUAAGCCUUCGAAAAACACCACUUUUGGCACUAUAUUUCUCUUCAAGAAACUAACCAACCUCUAUUCUAUUGCACUUGUUUUCUUCCUUUGCGUUCUCUCUUAUCUCUUAGGCUUUUGGCGACACAGCGGUCCAACGUCAUCAGCCCUUUCUUCCACCACCACCACCAUCGUCGAUUUCGCUUGCGCCUCAAAUAGAACCAACACCAACCCAGCCAAAGCUCUUGAUUUCUCAUCUCACCAUUUCGCUAAAUCUUCUGUCGCCGAAUCAACCAAUGUCAAAGCCUACCCGCCUUGCAACGUCUCCUACACUGAGUAUACGCCUUGUGAGGACGCAAAAAGAUCGCUGAAAUUUAAGCGAAGCAGGUUGAUAUAUAGAGAGCGACACUGUCCGGAGAAGCAUGAGUUAUUGAAAUGUCGAGUGCCAGCACCGCCCGGUUACAUGAACCCGUUUAAGUGGCCGACGAGUAGGGAUCUUGUGUGGUACGCUAAUGUUCCACACAAGGAGUUGACGGUGGAGAAGGCGGUGCAAAAUUGGAUCAGAUAUGAAGGAGACCGAUUUAGAUUCCCCGGCGGAGGAACCAUGUUCCCUAAUGGAGCUGAUGCGUAUAUUGAUGAUAUUGGGAAGUUGAUCAACCUCAAAGAUGGCUCAAUACGUACCGCAAUUGAUACAGGGUGUGGGGUGGCCAGUUGGGGGGCCUAUCUUCUGUCUCGCAACAUCCUGACGAUGUCGUUUGCCCCAAGAGACACCCACGAGGCUCAAGUUCAAUUUGCUCUUGAGCGGGGGGUGCCUGCUUUGAUCGGAGUUCUUGCUUCUAAAAGACUUCCAUACCCAUCAAGAGCAUUUGACAUGGCUCACUGCUCUCGCUGCCUCAUUCCAUGGGAUAAGUUUGGUGGCAUUUAUUUGAUUGAAGUUGAUCGAGUUCUACGGCCUGGUGGGUACUGGAUACUGUCUGGCCCGCCGAUCAACUGGAAGAAAUAUUGGAAAGGUUGGGAAAGAACAAAGGAGGAUUUGAAUGCUGAGCAGACCGCAAUUGAGAAUGUAGCCAAGAGCCUUUGCUGGAAAAAGUUAUUUGAUAAAGAUGAUAUCGCUAUUUGGCAAAAACCUGUUAAUCAUUUGAAUUGUAAAGGCAACCGCAAACUUAACCAGAACCCGCCUUUCUGCCCCGCUCAGGAUCAUGACAAAGCCUGGUAUACAGAAAUGGAGACUUGUUUGACUCAUUUGCCUGAAGUUUCAAGUAAUCAAGAGGUUGCUGGGGGUGAACUGGCAAAAUGGCCUGAGAGACUAAAUGCAAUUCCACCAAGGAUUAGCAGAGGAACCCUGAAAGGACUAACACCUGAGAUUUUCAAAGAAAAUUCGGAACUCUGGAAGAGGAGGGUGUCAUAUUAUAAAAAAGUGAACAAUCAAUUAGGACAAGCGGGGAGGUACCGCAACCUUUUAGACAUGAAUGCCAAUUUGGGAGGAUUUGCAGCUGCUCUCAUUGAUCAACCAGUUUGGGUAAUGAAUGUGGUUCCAGUCGAGGCUAAGCUAAAUACCCUUGGAGUCAUAUAUGAAAGGGGAUUAAUAGGAACGUACCAGAAUUGGUGUGAGGCAAUGUCAACUUAUCCUAGAACUUAUGACCUUAUUCAUGCUGACUCUGUGUUUACUCUCUACAAAAACAGAUGUGAAAUGGAAGAUAUUCUUUUGGAGAUGGAUCGGAUUCUAAGACCUGAAGGAAGUGUAAUAUUUCGCGAUGAUGUCGAUGUUCUAGUGAAGAUAAAGAAGGUUACAGAUGCUAUGAAUUGGGAUAGUCAAAUUGUUGAUCAUGAAGAUGGGCCUCUUGAAAGGGAAAAGCUUCUUUUUGCUGUGAAAUUGUAUUGGGCAGCUGAUGCUGUGAAAUCUUCAUGAAGUUUGUUUCUUCCUCUGUUUGUAGAGGCUUUUUCAUACUUCUUUUUUAAUGAUUUUUUCGGAUUAGUCCAUUAGCAACCAUAUCUGGGUUUAAUCUGCCAAUCCGUGAUGAACAGAUUGGCUUAUUUUUUCUUUUAAAUGAUAAAAUCAUAGCUUCAGUAUGUGCCUUUUUCUGCUAUUCUGGAAUCACAGCACUAU